UGGAAUGCUUACCCAGAUAUAUCUCAGUUUGUCUUACUGGGAGGGUUUAUUUGAAUUCUUAGGGAGAGGGUGAAAGGCUCUGGGGCAGAGACAAGAUGGAGAGACUGCCGGUUAUCUCCCAUGCAGGGGGACAACAGAGGCUGGAAUAAGACAGAGCCAAACAAAAUUCUGGUAGACGUAGCCUUCCCCAACAAAGGAGGGGGAAUGUCUGUGCAUUAAUGAGUGUGGGUAGAUGUUAUCACUCACAGCGAACGUAUCACAGCGCUGUAACGUUGCAGUGGCCACUGCUCUGUUGUGAGCAGCCAGCUCUGCAUCUCUGCUGACUUGGCCCUUCCAGGACAUGGCUCUACAGUUGGGCUCCUUAUGUCAUUUCCCAUCUCUGUUGGGGCUGUGACCUCAGCAGGCAGUCUGAGGGUACUAAGCUGUAUUUAUUCCUACAUUUGUUCUCCUAGCUGCACCCAGACUACCUCCCGGAGGAGGAAAUCCAGGAGAAGGUGCGUGACAUCGAGAAGCAGCUGGAUGAGCUGGAAUUGAAAGGAGUGGAUCUGGAGAAGCAGCUGCGUGGCUGCGAGGGAGAUGAAUCUGAGGAUGCCCUCAUGGUGGAUUGGUUCAAACUGAUCCAUGAGAAACAGCUGCUGCUCAGACAGGAAUCGGAGCUGAUGUACAAGAUGAAACAGCAGAAGCUGGAGGAGCAGCAGUGGAACAUUGAGACAGAGCUGCGACACCUCAUGAGCAAGCCAGAGGAACUGAAGACACCCAGGGAGAAGGAACGAGAGAAGGAGCUGCUGGAGUCGUACCUGAACACAGUCAAUGAUCGGAAUAAUAUUGUGGAGUGCCUGGAUGAGGACAGACUCAGAGAGCAAGAGGAGGACCAGAUGUUGGCAGACAUGAUCCAGAGGUUGGAUGGAUCUCUCGAGAGCCAGGAGCCAGAGAAGAAGAAGAACAAGUUCCGCUUGUCCAAAAUAUGGAAGCAGAAAAAUAAGAGUAAAGCUCAGGAGUGAUGUUCCCCUGCCCAGCAGCCCAGAGAGGGGUGUCAAAGGGAUGUUCCUUCCUCACUGCUGCUUUCCUGGAGUUGUGCAGAACUGUGAUGAGACUCUACUGCUCCCUCACAUGGAGACUGCAGGUUUGUGGACCAGAGGGACAGUAUGAAUCCCCUCUGGCCUUGUCAUGGGACCCAAGGACACCUUUCCUAGAGGACUGACUUUUAAGUCUGUUUUCCUUCUUUGGAUCUAGCUCAGAGCUGGCUUCAGCCUUGUUGGCAGCUCAGGAAGGCAGAGCUCAGUUUGCCCACCCACUCCUCCUUGGGUCAUUAUAGUCCUGAAUGCAGGAGCAUGGCACUGCAUGUCACCCCACAGUGCCCCACUCGUGUCAGCCAGGGCUGUGCCACGGACACUGUGCUGGUCUGCGAAAGGGCAGCUCUUCCUCCCUCCCUGUGUUUGCUGCGGCUCUCUGAGACACAGAGAGGGAGUUGCUAUGGGGCAGGGGAAAUCCAGGGCCUCCUCCUUACUGUGCCAGUGCAAACUGGAGCUGUAGGCUCUACAGCCAGUGAGCAGAACCACCCCUGUAUCUAAUGGAGUGGGGUGUCCUACACCCAAAGUGGUUUCAGCAAUAGUGCUCUGUUUCCAGACCUCCUUUUGGGAGUUGCUGUAGGCUGUUUUCUCAAAGCCAUGAGGGGUUGCUCACUGCUUCAUUCCCUCUAUGGGGGAGAUUUGUACCUUCCUUAUGUCUCUGACUGCACAGUGAAGCAGAGUUUUCGUUGUGGCCCAUUCUGCUGAAAAUGAGCAGAAGUCUUCUUUUAACAACCUGGUACUAACUGGGAGCAGAGGGAGUUAAUGGGUUUGCCUCACCCAUGAGGCUUCUGCAUGGAACCAGCAUUUCAGUUCCUGAGGCUCUGUCCCUGGACAGCCAGCACCCUCAAGGGUGCUGUUGGCAGUGAGUCUUUCUGCUCUUCCCUCAGACCUGUGACCGCAGCCAGACACCUGCCCUGUGUGGCAGCAUACUCUCUUCCCCGUCAACCUGGGGAGCAGGGAUGGAGAUAGGCAAGGAAAGAUCAGAUUAAUUCCUGAUGCCUCCAGCUCUGGUAUGUGUGGACUUCCCUGCUCCCUCCAAGCCAGGUCCUUCGAGGUUUCUCUGGGUUCUGUUCUCCUGCAGGGCCUGGGAUUUUGCAGGGAGGUUUGCUGCCCGCUGUGCCCGGUGGCAAAGCAGAGGCAAUGCGUCCCUUACCCACGAGGUGGCAGUGGGACUCUCUGUCCCGGGCAGCCUGCCCUGGGCAUCGCAGGGGUGUGCUCAGGGAGGUACCCAGUGCCCGAGGGGCUUCUGGUGCCCACGAUGUGUGCCAUGUGUGUACAUGUGGCGGGUCACCCUGUACCUGCAUAUGCUUUUGUCCAAUAAAGAAUUGCUGGAGCAAAUCCCAGAGUCCCAGCAGGAGUUUGGAUGUAGGUUACUGGGUGUGGGCUGCCCUGGUUGCUGUGAGCCGUGACAGUUCCUCUGGAGUUGAGAGUGCCCAGAGCCAUGGGUGCUAGCAGGAGUUUGGCAUACCUGUGAUGGAGAGGCUCCUCUGCCCAGAGCUUGCAGACCAACUGCGGGUCCUGGGAGAGCCGCAGAGCCCGGGGAGCGGUGCUGAUCAUGGGUGCUGGUGUGCUGUGCCUUGCAUCCCCAGUCUCCUUGUUGGGAAGCAAUUCUUUUCCUGGGGCUGUGUGUA